AUGUCGAUUGAGAUGCGUAUGCUGACGACACAGGUACAAUACCGCAACCCCCAAGGAUGGCUAUUUCGCCACGAAUACGCGGGGAGUGGAAUCUUGGCGUGGUUGGGCUGUCACUAUAUCGACAUGUUACGCUACAUCACCCACGACGAAAUUGUGUCGGUGUCUGCCGAGGUCGCAACACGCAGCGGUGAGGAUAUUGAUGUGGAGGAUAUUGCUACGCUCUCUUUUCGUUUGCGUUCGGGAGCGGUUGGUUCUCUACAUGCGGGUUAUACCCUUGCGUUGAGUGGAUCAAAAUACCCCAACCAACCCAGUUACGAUACCUAUGUUGGCGUCAAUGGUCAGAACGGUCGGAUUCACUGGGCUUCCCCAGGCGUUGCAGAACAUAUGAGCGUUGAAACAGCUCAAGGUUCUUGGGCGUCUGCGCCUCAGCGCGAAUUUGACUAUACCUUGGGUCAAUCUCCGGCGUAUGGUGGCAUUGCUGGAGAGGAGUUCAUCCGUGACUUUAUUCGUUCAGGACAAGGCGAAGGCACCCCGCCUGCAUCGGGUCGUGAUGCACUCCAAGUCGCCCGCAUAAUUGAUGCAGCUUUGGAAUCCAGUCAGACGGGUCGCCGGGUAGAGGUUGAACUCCCUUAA